UAAUCUUUUAGGAACACAACUCACAGUGAAACGUGCCUUGACGUAAAAGCACUUAUCUAUCGUUGUGUGCAACGAGCAAUGUCAUUAAUAAGGGACGCAGAAGAUGACAAAGAUAGGUCUACACUAAGAAUAUCUUUGGUGUUGUCCAUUCUUCAAAACAGUACGGAAAAAGAUUCAGCAUCUUUUGUGAAUGGAAUCACUGUCUUUAUUAGGAAUAUACAGGCAGUUCGAGAAAGCAUGGCAUUGACAGGAAACGACUGGUUGACAAAAGAAGCAGCUUCGUUUGCUUUUAUUCAGAAAUUCGGAACCCUAAGGCGUGCGUGCUUGCAGUCAAUCGAAAGCAAAAUAUCCCCCAUACUGUCCGGGAUAUUUGCAGAGUUAGAUACAAACCAAAACUUAAGCAUCCUGGAUACCGAUUCGGACAAUUGGUAUCGAAGUUUGUGGCUGAGUCUCUUGAACACAUACGAAAUUAGGGAACAUAUGAAAAACAUAAAAUACGGAAACACUGAAAAUGUUGUAACUGGUCGAGGUUUUGGUGACUGUACUUUCCAGAAUAGAAUGCCGUUUUCAUGGAUUACCAUUCAAACAUUUGAAAAGCUUGUGAAGCAAUUGACGACAUUGUUACAUGAACAUAACGACGGAGACUUGAAUCCCCUGUUGGGGUUACUAGAGGAAACUGGGUUGCAAAAGUCACUUGAAUCAGUAGGAAAGGAGCAUUUCUAUGAAGCUUUAGAGGCAUAUAUUUCUGACUUCACAGAAACGGUUUAUCCCGAAGCAAAAGACAGAAACCUAGUAGCUCUAUAUCUGAAGCAUUAUGCCUUGUCCAUGGCUGCCAGAGACCAAAACACAAGUUUAACGUAUACAUUGUUCUGCGUUCAUCGAGUGUAUGAAGAAUCUUCGUCAUGUUUGAAACAUUUUCGAGACAUCAGCUGUGUAUGGGAAGGAUGCAAUGACGUACUUGUGAAAAGAAAAAGCAUUGAUUUUUUAGAAGAGCAUGACCUGGCUUUGUUAGCUCUUUACUUCAUCGUAGACAGCGUUUCACCAGAGUCAAAGCAGUUAGAGGAAACAUUUGAUAAUCAAGUCGGUAGAGAAAAAUGGCUAGCAAGAGUUAACAGAUACAGCCAGAUUGUUAACCAGACAUUUACCGCUUAUCAAGCCCUUGGAAAUCAGUCGGAACAAUUGGGGAAGGCAAAAAAUAUGUGGAACUGUGUGGUAGUGAUGCAGUUAUUUAUAGAAAAUGUGUGUUUGAAGGCAGAAGAGCAAUCUUCUACAUUUCGAUGCCGCCCGCUUUGGAUGCUGUUAUCUAAAACUCCCGAGGUGAACAUGAAGCAAAUCGACACUCUGAAAAACGUAGAAAAGUUUUUGAAAUUGUGCCUUACAAAGAUGAAGAAUGAAAGUGUAAAAAAAGCUGAAAAAUGUAAGAAAUGUGGUGGUAAGCAUUCAGAUAAGAGUAAAACUCUGUCAUGUACUCACGAAAUAUGCGCAAAAUGCAUUGAAGAAGUUUUAUCAGAAAGUGUCUCUGGUCAAAAGUGCCCAGUCUGCAAAAAGGUGCUUGAAGCGGAUUGGAAUACCAAGGAUGAUGACGAAGAAACUGUAAAGAGAUGGAUCGCUGAUAAAGUUGGUGAUUACAGACAAAGGUGCAACUCAUUUCUCAUGGAGGUGGUGUCACAGCUAUGUUUUGGAGACAACACACCGCCUGAUCCAGAAGUGAUUGACUGGUUGAUAUCAUGUUCAUUUCAAAAUGUAACAGAACUAGAGGCUGACAUCGGAAUUGAACAGAACAAAGUCUUCCAGUCUUUCAUUUUUAAACAUCUUGUUAGAACAGAUGAGAAAGAACUUCGCGUUCAUCUAGAAAAGUAUAUCCAGACACCUGUUAAGGAAGCGAGUAGAGACCUUUCAGACGUCCCUUGCGAGGAUGUUGUUUUGACAGUUAUACACAGUUUUGAGGAUAAAAUAUCUGAGAGUAUGAUGUUACGAAAUGCAGAUGAAGUAUCUAUUGUUAGGAGAUGCUUCAAUUUGGCGCUUAUAUCAAUAGAGAGCAAGGAGUCUGUUGUUGAUCAAAUAUUUGCAAUUGCUCGUGCGCGGGUAGGCCUAUCGUCUGUUGCAAAGUUUAUUGACAAACUGCUUUUCUAUGAGGAUAGCAUUAAUGCUAACUCUAAGAAAGAUAUAGAAGAACUAUUACUUCUAGCAAAGGAAUUGUGUGGAAACAGAGAAUGGCCUUGGAGAUAUCUGAUAUUAUAUAUUGCACGAGAAUUUGGCGUUGAUGCGCUACUCUCUGCCUGUAAAAGUCCAAAUGUGAACAUCAACUGGAUACAGAAAGCAGCUCUUCAAGAGAAGGUGCAGGAUACGGUUGACAUUUACACAGCUUGUGGCGAUAAAUACAUCAAAAUCAAGCAGUUGUUAUUGGCAACACUAAUAUCCGAAGAUGCAAAUAAUCUUUUUGAUUACAUACAGAAAUCUACAAACAAACAACACCUUGUUGUCAUGCUCGAAUUAGCAGUUCAUAGAGAAAUAGAAAUUCCGAGGGCUUUAAAGGGAAAAGAUAAAACAGAAGAGCAAAUUGCAGUGGUUAAACAGGCCUUCCAAAGCCUACCAGAAGAUCUCAAUGCUAAUUCAUUAGCACUCGACCAGACUGUAAUCAAACAAAUGCAGCUAGAUGUAAGCCCGCAAAAAGACAACGAUCGCGACAUCAACAUAAAAUGCCUUAUAUUUCACUGGUUAUGUGUAAUAAGGCAUUUAGAAUCAAACUGUUGUACAGUUCUUAAGCCACUGUUUCAAAUAGCAGUCGAACCUUGGGAAACUAAGAAUUUCUUUUUACCAUGCAUGCCACAUGACAUUCUUGCUGGACUGAGAGCGACCCUCUUAGAGACCGCAAAGGAAAAGUAUGCUGGGCAGAAUACUGUAUAUUUCCAAUGUGAAAAUGGUCAUCCAUAUGAAGUUGGAAAUUGUGGACGACCUGUGGCAACGGGUGCCAAAUGCUUUUGUGGUUCUCCAAUUGGCGGAACAGCUUAUAAUGUACUUCACGAGAAAAACAGACCAGUUGACAACAUAGAUCGAACAUUGCCUGGUCAUUGCUUAGGUGUUCCAAACGAUCGGGUUCAAGGAGCAGUACCCGAAAGAAGUUUAUCACUAAUACAGUGUGCCUUACUCAAGUUUCUGCUCCAUAUGACUAUGUACAUAGGAUGUGGCAAAAGUACAAAGGACAUAUGUGCUUUAAUCAAACCAAAGAUUGAAGAUAAACUUGUGCACAGCUUUUUAUGGGAUCACAUCUUGCUUGACUUAAAAGACUUGCAGGGUGCUUUAUCCUUAAAUGCGGAUGAGAUUUUGCUGUUGUCACAUUGCUGUGUUGAUGCAAUAAUGGAGAAAGGUCUCUGCGAAGAAGAAACACAUGAUGCAGCGGAAGAAUGUACUUUAUCGACAAAAGAAGGGCGGGACAAAUGGGAGGAUCAGUUUGCUGAUAUAUUUUUAAGAGACAUUGUUGAUGCAGAGGAAAGGAAGAUAAUGAUAGUGAAAGCAAGCGAGCUUCUGCAAAAUUCAAACAGCUUACUUGCGAUGCUAAAUGAAUGUACAGACGAAUUGCAAGACCAAAUGCCUGAGGGUAUACAUGAUUUGGAUAAAAAUCCAAAUAUAUGGAAAUACCGGACUCCUGUUUCCUUAUCUCGUCUUGGACAAGCUUUUCAAAGAAAACUAUCAGAAGAUGCAAUACGACAGAACAGUUAUCCUAUGCUUGAGAUAUUUUUGAUUAAGCAGUCAGAAAUACAGGCAGUACGCUUUGUUCCAAGCAUUCUACAACUUCACAAGGUGUUACUUCGACGUUACAGUCGACAAAUAUUCAAAUCGGAAGCACUUAAGAUAACAGUAGCGCAAUUGAGAAAAGACAAAGUCGCUGGAGAAGAAACGGACACUCUGCUUGAGGACCUGAUUGAAGCAUGGAACGCCACAAGAAAAGUUUUAGAUAACUCCAUUGUCAGAACGGAUAAGGGCUCGAGAAUAGUCAGUCAGGAGAUGUCAACUGACGUUUCUACAAUGGAUAUAACAGACGACACUGCUGUCGUGUAUUUGUUACCUACUAUGGAGGGAAAGGGUAUUUGUACGUACGCACUACUUGAUCAGCUGAUUCAAUGUCAUAACGACGUCAUUGAAAGAUACAAGUAUUCGGAUCGGGGACAAAGGGACACAGGAUUUACAUCUGUUCAACCUAAGGACAUUACAUCAGCUCAUGUUAUCAGCUAUCAUCCUCAAGACGAUUUGUUGCCAAUAGUUAUGGCAAAUUGUUCAAUUAGUACAAAGCAUUCGACUGAAGAUGAAUACGAUUUCGAGAAAAUUGAGAAAAGAAUUGUAGAAAGAUUUAUAUCAACAAAAUCCAGAGUAAUCAAGAGAAGCUACCUGCAGAUUGAGUUGAUGACAUACAGGUCAAGUCUAACGCCUGCAUCAAAAUUAGAACAUUUGAGAAAGAAAAUUAUUCAGGAGCCAUUUGAAACGGCUGUCAAAACUACGCUGUGCAGUGAAAUCCGAGAUGUUCCCGUUAUCAGUCAGAUUCUGUCAAAACUCGACAUUGCCAUCAACUUCCUUGAUAUCACGGGAGGUGAUCCAGAUGAUUCACUUCACGAUUUUAUGACAGACAGGCUCAAAAUGAAUAAAAACGUGUUAACAGCUAAGAUGCAGCAAGCAUGCAGUUUAAAACAUGUCAGAGCUCUAUGGUUAGCGUUGUCACUUCACAGGUCGAACAUAAUGGUCCAACAAAACAAGCCAACAGAGAUGAUAUUUGAGAAUAUUGAACCGGAAUAUCAUGCCCAGGUGCCUGUAGAAAUCAAGCAGACAUACACCAAAUAUCUUCAAGUUCUGCCAAAAGAACGUCUGUUUCAAAUUCUGGAUGUUGUCUACGAAUUUAUAACAGUCGUACUUACAGAGACAGAAAAUAAAGAAGAUGAAGAUUACGUUGACAGGGGGCAUUUCAGUCUGGAUGAAUGUUUGGGAGAGUUUACAGAGGAUAUCAACGUUCCUGAAGACAUUUUAUGCAUUCAUUCUCUUCAUUUCUGGGUAGAAGUGUCACGGCUGUACGACAUAAGGAUAAAGGAGCGAAUAACUGCAGUUUAAACUCUCGUAUCAAACAAAAACUCAUAGUCAAAUCUGAAGAGAAGUGAAAACAUACAUUUUGUAUGACCUCAGUCAAAUCUGAUGAGAAGUGAAGAUAUCAUUCCUUCGUGCGGAGUGUUUUAGAAUAAUGAAUCAUUGAAUUUAAAACUUUCGAUUACUUGAAUAACUGAGUCACCAAAACGGAAUAAACAAUUAACAUUCCAUUUAUCAUGUUGCUGUGUGUAUUUAUACUUUACUUAUUGUCAUUGUUUAAAUACAAUUAGAUUUAUGUUUUAUUGCCAGAAAAAUAGUGACUUAUAUUUUAUCAUUUUGUUAAGUAAGAUAUCUCUUUUCAAGGCAUCAGUACACAUGCACUUAUUUGUUUAGAUUUGAUGUGUUUUGCUGUAUGUUGUUUUAUUUUAUCUUAUAAUUUUGGCGGUGUACUCGUAUAUACUUGGUAUUCAGGGCUUAUUAGUAGAUUACAAUUCUGCAGGAUAAUAUGAUGAAUAACUUUUCAAAUUUUACUGUAUUUCUUUUAAAUCAUUUGUAUUAUUUCCAUUUUCGUAUUUGUUUUGCCGCUUCAGCGAUCGCAACUGAAGAACAGAAUAUUUUCGUUCAUCACACAGGCACACAAUGUAUUAAUGUAUGAUUUUAGUGUAAAACGUUUCCUUGUACGGCAGUUUUUCAAGUGUCUUGAUAUGUAAAAAUGUUUGUAAAGAAAUUUUAUUUGAUUUACAUUUGCUUUAUGUUAUUAAUUCCGACUUCAUGUUAUGUUUGCUUUUGCAUGUCACCAAGAAACAAUACGUUGCACCAGGCAGUAACAUUGUAAAUAUAACUAUAUGAUAAACAUGUAGGGUUAUGUUUAGCUCAUUUAUCUACCUUUUAAUAAAAUGAAAGUUUUCAAAAAUGGAGCGCAUCGAAAUAGGAACGAAAGCGAUAACUUAAUUAUUUAGAAAGUCAGAAAAUGUUUUUUAACCUGUUGAUAGUUUAACAAGUAACACUGUAAAUAACCAUUAGCAACCCUGUAUAUUUGGCACUUAAAUGAUCUAAUUAAUUUGCUAACUUUACAGGUACUGCGCAAUCUGUCAUAACAAACAUAUCUGUGAGUAAAAAAAUAAAAAUUACUUGUUGCAGAUUAGAUAUUUACUUUAGUUAAACUAUAGACUAGCCACUAAACUGAUAAUAACUCUAUUUCUAUAUUUUUUCCCUUUUUGACAAAUUCAAUUUCAUAGAGACAAAAGCCAGUCUAUUUUAGAGAUUUUUACACAGGACUGAUGUUGAAAUUAUCAUAUAUAUUGGACAUAGGAUAUAGACUGGCUCAGUUCAAUACAUUCAAUCAUAAAAAUGUUAAAAGAUAUAUCAUAGUCUAGGAGCUAAUCUAGUUAAACUAUAUCUGUAAACUCAUACUCAAAUCUGAUGAGAAGUGAAAACAUAUAUUUUGUAUGACCUCAGUCAAAUCUGAUGAGAAGUGAAGAUAUCAUUCCUUCGUGUGGAGUGUUUUAGAAUAAUGAAUCAUUGAAUUUAAAACUUUCGAUUACUUGAAUAACUGAGUCACCAAAACGGAAUAAAAAGUUAACAUUCCAUUUAUCAUGUUGCUUUGUGUAUUUAUACUUUACUUAUUGUCAUUGUUUAAAUACAAUUAGAUUUAUGUUUUAUUGCCAGAAAAAUAGUGACUUAUAUUCUAUCAUUUUGUUAAGUAAGAUAUCCCUUUUCAAGGCAUCAGUACACAUGUACUUAUUUGUUUAGAUUUGAUGUGUUUUGCUGUAUGUUGUUUUAUUUUAUCUUAUAAUUUUGGCGGUGUAUAUACUUGAUAUUCAGGGCUAAUUAGUAGAUUACAAUUCUGCAGGAUAAUAUGAUGAAUAACUUUUCAAAUUUUACUGUAUUUCUUUUAAACAUUUGUAUUAUUUCCAUUUUCGUAUUUGUUUUGCCGCUUCAGCGAUCGUAACUGAAGAACAGAAUAUUUUCAUUUAUCACACAGGCACACAAUAUAUUCAUGUAUGAUUUUAGUGUAAAAAGUUUCCUUUGUACGGCAGUUUUCCAAGUGUCUUGAUAAGUAAACAUGUUUGUAAAGAAAUUUUAUUUGAUUUACAUUUGCUUUAUGCUAUUAAUUCCGACUUCUUGUUAUGUUUGCUUUUGCAUGUCACCAAGAAACAAUACGUUGCACCAGGCAGUAACAUUGUAAAUAUAACUAUAUGAUAAACAUGUAGGGUUAUGUUUAGCUCAUUUAUCUACCUUUUAAUAAAAUGAAAGUUUUCAUAAAUGGAGCGCAUCGAAAUAGGAACGAAAGCGAUAACUUAGUUAUUUAGAAAGUCAGAAAAUGAUUUUUAACCUGUUGAUAGUUUAACAAGUAACACUGUAAAUAACCAUUAGCAACCCUGUAUAUUUGGCACUUAAAUGAUCUAAUAAAUGUGCACGCUUUACAGGUACUGCGCAAUCUGGCAUAACAAACAUAUCUGUGAGUAAAAAAAAUAAAAAUUACUAGUUGCAGAUUAGAUAUUUACUUCAGUUAAACUAUAUCAGUAAACUCAUAGUCAAAUCUGAUGAGAAGUGAAAACAUAUAUUUUGUAUGACCUCAGUCAAAUCUGAUGAGAAGUGAAGAUACCAUUCCUUCGUGUGGAGUGUUUUAGAAUAAUGAAUCAUUGAAUUUAAAACUUUCGAUUACUUGAAUAACUGAGUCACCAAAACGGAAUAAACAAUUAACAUUCCAUUUAUCAUGUUGCUGUGUGUAUUUAUACUUUACUUAUUGUCAUUGUUUAAAUACAAUUAGAUUUAUGUUUUAUUGCCAGAAAAAUAGUGACUUAUAUUCUAUCAUUUUGUUAAGUAAGAUAUCCCUUUUCAAGGCAUCAGUACACAUGAACCAAUUUGUUUAGAUUUGAUGUGUUUUGCUGUAUGUUGUUUUAUUUUAUCUUAUAAUUUUGGCGGUGUAUAUACUUGAUAUUCAGGGCUAAUUAGUAGAUUACAAUUCUGCAGGAUAAUAUGAUGAAUAACUUUUCAAAUUUUACUGUAUUUCUUUUAAACAUUUGUAUUAUUUCCAUUUUCGUAUUUGUUUUGCCGCUUCAGCGAUCGUAACUGAAGAACAGAAUAUUUUCAUUUAUCACACAGGCACACAAUAUAUUCAUGUAUGAUUUUAGUGUAAAAGUUUCCUUUGUACGGCAGUUUUCCAAGUGUCUUGAUAUGUAAAAAUGUUUGUAAAGAAAUUUUAUUUGAUUUACAUUUGCUUUAUGCUAUUAAUUCCGACUUCUUGUUAUGUUUGCUUUUGCAUGUCACCAAGAAACAAUACGUUGCACCAGGCAGUAACAUUGUAAAUAUAACUAUAUGAUAAACAGGUAGGGUUAUGUUUAGCUCAUUUAUCUACCUUUUAAUAAAAUGAAAGUUUUCAAAAAUGGAGCGCAUCGAAAUAGGAUCGAAAGCGAUAACUUAAUUAUUUAGAAAGUCAGAAAAUGAUUUUUAACCUGUUGAUAGUUUAAGAAGUAACACUGUAAAUAACCAUUAGCAACCCUGUAUAUUUGGCACUUAAAUGAUCUAAUUAAUGUGCACGCUUUACAGGUACUGCGCAAUCUGGCAUAACAAACAUAUCUGUGAGUAAAAAAAUAAAAAUUACUAGUUGCAGAUUAGAUAUUUACUUCAGUUAAACUAUAUCUGUAAACUCGUAGUCAAAUCUGAUGAGAAGUGAAAACAUACAUUUUGUAUGACCUCAGUCAAAUCUGAUGAGAAGUGAAGAUAUCAUUCCUUCGUGUGGAGUGUUUUAGAAAAAUGAAUCAUUGAAUUUAAAUAUUUCGAUUACUUGAAUAACUGAGUCACCAAAACGGAAUAAACAAUUAACAUUCCAUUUAUCAUGCUGCUGUGUGUAUUUAUACUUUACUUAUUGUCAUUGUUUAAAUACAAUUAGAUUUAUGUUUUAUUGCCAGAAAAAUAGUGACUUAUAUUCUAUCAUUUUGUUAAGUAAGAUAUCCCUUUUCAAGGCAUCAGUACACAUGUACUUAUUUGUUUAGAUUUGAUGUGUUUUGCUGUAUGUUGUUUUAUUUUAUCUUAUAAUUUUGGCGGUGUAUAUACUUGAUAUUCAGGGCUAAUUAGUAGAUUACAAUUCUGCAGGAUAAUAUGAUGAAUAACUUUUCAAAUUUUACUGUAUUUCUUUUAAACAUUUGUAUUAUUUCCAUUUUCGUAUUUGUUUUGCCGCUUCAGCGAUCGUAACUGAAGAACAGAAUAUUUUCAUUUAUUACACAGGCACACAA